AUGGCGGAAACAUCAGCUGAAACUGCUAACAGCUAUGAGAUCUCAAUUGAUCACUUGACUUACACGCACAGAGAAGGAGUUUCGCCAUCAUUGUCCGACGUGACCAUCCAUCUUCCGAAAGGUUCACGCACUAUUCUUGUUGGUGCUAACGGAGCUGGAAAGUCGACUUUACUUCAGAUUCUCGCGGGCAAGCGCCUCAUAUCAACCCCGGGCGUGGACGUCCGCAUCAAGGGCAGAGACGUGUUCCGCAAGACUCCAGCGGGUAUCACCUUCCUUGGGACAGAAUGGGCGAUGAACCCUGUCGUGCGUGGCGAUAUUGUGGUUUCAGACUUCCUCAACUCUGUGGGCGGCUACCGUCAUAAAGACAGACGCGACCGCCUCCUUGACAUACUUGACGUCGACCUCGACUGGCAUAUGCACCAGAUCUCUGACGGCGAGCGCCGCCGAGUGCAGCUCGUCAUGGGUCUAAUGGGUGACUGGGAUGUCCUCCUUCUCGACGAAGUCACUGUAGAUCUGGAUGUCCUGGUCCGGGAUGACCUGCUUACCUUCCUCAAGGACGACUCUGAAAAGAGAGGAGCAACCAUCUUGUAUGCUACUCACAUCUUUGACGGAUUGAACAAUUUCCCGACCCAUGUCGCUCACAUGCAUCUGGGCACCUUUCUGAUGGAACCCACCCCGUGGCCUUGGGCGAGCGGAUCCAUGGGGGCGACGUCUGUGGACCUUAGACCUCAUCCGACUCUCUACACGGUUGCCUUGCAGUGGCUUAGGGAGGACCGCGACCGUAGGCGGAUGCUGGAGAAUCAGGGCAGGAAACCUCGAGGGGCGCGUGCUGGGACGAUUCCCAGCGAUUCAGAGACCUUCUACAAGAAGUACGACUACAGCCACUAGGCGGCUUUCGCAUAUACGUUUCUUCGGUUACACCGUGUUUUACCCUUUCCUGGUCUUCAUGUUCAACCUGGGGACUCUGCCCGUGGGAUUGUAUCGAUAGCGUCAUAGCAGUAGACUGUAUUGUUCAACACAACAUCCGCAUUGCUCAACCAAUCAC